AUGGUGCUGACACAGCUGGUGCGCACCCACAGACAGUGCCGUCCAAAGGCCGGGGGCGGGCGAUCAGCCAGCCCUCCACAUGAGAACAGAGAAGCCUCCGUCGUCUGCUUAGCGGCUCUCGGCAUGCAUCGUAAUGUGACGCAGUUGUCCUCCGCUCCCGCGUCCUCGGCAAAAAGUUGGCGCAUGAGCAUGCAACCGGGAUUGCGUCGCCUCGGUGCAGGACCAAGCCGCUGGCAUCUGCCGCCCUUCAGUCGAGCCAUGAUUGCGUCCAAAUUCCUUGGCUUGCUGCAGCCCACCGUACCCGUAGCACAUCUGUCGAUACCGUUUCCGUCGUUGGUGUCCACGGAGCAGCGUGACCGAGAAAAGGAUAUCGGGCCGCCGCUAACGAAAGCCCCUCUCUUAGCAUCUGGGCUCAAGAACCGCACCCACGUGAAACUCCAAGCUUGUGGAUCCAGGGCUGGCCUGCGCGCGUCAUCACAGCCUUGCCGGUCCAUUCAUCUGCUUCACCCAAAUCUAUUGUGCUGCGACUCCCCAGCUGCCGCCACUAUCUCCAAUGCUCUCUAUACAUAA